AUGCUGAUGGACCACAAGCGUCUUCUUCAACUGGCAGGGCACUUGCGCCGCCUUGUUACCGUGGUCAGCCUGCUAUUGAUCACUUGCACCUUGAUCUCUGAUCAUGUUAAGAGCAUGUUAGCUUCGAUGGCUUCUGUUGGAGAUGGCCAACUUGGCUCACAAGCCGAUGGCCACAGCAAAACUCACUCGCGGAUACUGAGGCGGCUUUCAGAAUCAAUGCAGAAUCUCAAAGCUUCCCUUUAUAUCGAUGUCACUGCCAUACUGGAAGUCACGUCAAUCAGGAUUUGA